UUUUAUAUGCCGCAUGGUAUUCAUGCAGACAGAGAUGGUUUCUUAUACACCACAGAUGUUGGAUCACAUACUGUAGCCAAGUGGAAUAUUAAUGGAAAUGAUCUCGACUUGGUCUGGGAGAGUGGCGUGAAAUUAAUGCCGGAUGCCGACAAUAAACAUUUCUGCAAGCCAGCUGGCGUAGUUAAAUCCGAUGAAGGUGUUUUUGUUGCUGAUGGCUACUGCAACAGCCGAAUAGUGCAGUUAGACAGCGCUACCGGAAAAAGAAUGUAUGAAUUUGGUUUGCCGGGCAAUGGGCCGGCUCAGUUCAAUCUUCCUCAUGAUGUUGUGACGAGUCCAGCUGGUGGUCAUUUGUUUGUAGCUGAUCGUGAAAAUGGCAGAGUACAAGAAUUGUCUACGCGAGGAGAUUUCAUAAUGCAGUGGGCAGCAAACCUUUUCUCAAACAUCUACUCAGCAGACACUUUCAAUGACUAUGUUUAUAUGGUUCCAGGGCGAGCCGAUGCAUCGGGUCCUGCCCGUGUCUUCGUUGGUCGUGCUGGUACUGGUUUAAUCGAGUACGCAUUCGGACCUACUAGUCGACCAUUCGGCCAAGCACAUGUGCUUCGCGUCUCACCCAGUGGUGAACGUAUCGCCAUCGGUGAUAUAUCCAAGCCAACAUUAUGGAUGUUCCGAGUGAGUUAUUCAUAG